UCCUGGUUUGGGACUACAUCGGAGGCCGUAGCCUACGCCGUGAGCGAGGGUCGAUCAACCGAAGCGAAAACACCUACCACCGUAGCGUUUAUGAUAAUCAAGUCAAUUCCUGGUGUGGCCUUCAUCCUGACAAUUGGAGCUUUGUUGUUCACUCUGUAUCAUACCCCCAGGCAAUCGCCGAUAAUAAGGCUAUCGUUAUCAUCCCCUCGCGACGACGGCGGACCGGCCGACGCGAUAAGAUUUGAUAGUUGAUAGGACCUCCCCCGACCUUCCUCAUCGGGCUGGUAUCAGCAGAGGCGGAAAUAUAUCCGAAUGCCAGAGGUCAAAGCCAUCACUAUAUUAAUGCCAGCCAGUAAGAAAGAGGGAGCAUCCUAUCCUCCAACAAUACCACCUCAUCUAUCACCAUGGCUCGCACUGUCCGCCUCGCCGCCGCCCAACUGGGCACGACCAACAAAUGGGACGCACGAGAGAAUACACUAGACCGAAUGAUCAUCUUGCUCAAAGAUGCUGCUGCUCAAGGCGCGAAGCUGGUCCUCUUCCCGGAAAUCGCAUUCACCACCUUCUUCCCACGCUACCUGAUCCUCGACCAAGCCGAAUUGGAAAGCUGGUUCGAACACGGCGACAUCACCACCGCGUCACGAACCAAAGCACUCUUCGACACAGCUCGCGAUCUUGCCGUGGACAUCAUCGUCGGAUUCGCAGAAGCCACCGAUGGCGGCGAGCACUUCAACAGCUGCGUGUACUACCAUGCCGCAACGGGCUCCAUUCUAUCCAAAUACCGCAAGAUCCAUCUCCCCGGCGACGUCGAGCCCCUCGCCGACCCUACGGCCGUCAAUCAGCUCGAAAAACGAUACUUCCGACCGGGAAACCUCGGCUUCCAGGCCUUUCGUGCCCCUGGCCUUCUUCUCCCCCCAGACAAAGACGACACUCCAGACCCGAUCUUGGGCAUGAUGAUCUGCAACGACCGCCGCUGGGCCGAAUCCUGGCGCGAGUACGGUCUCCAAGGCGUUGAAAUCGUCGCAUGUGGAUUCAACACGAACGGCUACGCGCCACAAUUCUGGGGCCAGUCAGCCGACAUGGACCCCAAGGAAGCCGAGGAACUCUCCCUCUUCCACCACAAACUAGUCAUGCAAUGCCACUCCUACACCAACGUCUGCUUCUCCAUCAGCGCCGCCCGCUGCGGCCUCGACGACGGCAAAUACCCCCUCAUCGGCGGCUCGACCAUCAUCGACCCCGAGGGACGCAUCAUCGCAGAGACCAAGUCCACCGACGACGAAAUCAUCGUCGCAGACUGCGACCUCACUCUCUGUCGUGCCGGAAAAACCCGCACCUUUGACUUUGCCCGUCAUCGUCGCAUCGAGCACUACGGCCGAAUCACCUCCCAGACCGGCGUGAUUGAACCGCCUCUUCUCCAAACAUCACCCUCAACCAACACCCCCAUCCCAUCCCCAUCCAAACGAACCCUCCGCAUCCUCCUCAUAAACCCCAACUCUACCCCCUCCAUGACAACCAACUGCAUCAACCUCGUCACGCCAACCCUCCCACCCGACGUCUCCCUCCACGGCUUCACAGCCCCAGUCCCCGCCCCAACAGCCAUCGAAGGCAUCCUCGACGGCGUCCUCUCCGCGGCGGCCUCCCUCAGCGCUCUCCUCCCCCUCGCAGACCAAUACGACGCCUUCCUAGUCGCCUGCUACAGCGACCACCCUCUCAUCCGUGCUCUGCGCGAGGAACUCCCCGCCCCAGUAAUGGGGAUCAUGGAAGCGAGUCUCUUCGCGGCGCGGAGUAUAGGGAAUCGCUUCGGGGUGGUGGUUACAUCGACGCGCUCGAAGAUUAUUCAUGCUGAUGCGAUUAGACACGCUGGGUUGGAUGGGUUCUGUGCGGGCGUGGAGGCGUGUGGAUUGGGUGUCUUGGAGUUGGAUGGGAAGGGUAAGGGUAAGGGUUUGGAUGUUGUAGGCGCGGUGUGUGGGGCUGCGAAGACGUUGGUCGCGGAGCAGGGUGCAGAUACGGUUAUUCUUGGGUGUGCGGGGAUGAGUGGGCUUAAGGGCUGCGUGGAGAAGGCUGUUGGGAAGGAUGUUCAGGUUGUUGAUGGGGUGGUGGCCGGGGUGCAUCAGCUUGUGGGGUUGGUGAGGAUGGGGGCAAGGACGGCGAAGAAGGGCGCGUAUGCUAGUUCGAGGGUGGGGAGGUUGGCGAGGGGGCAGGAGUAUCUUUGAUGGAUUGGAUUGGAUUCGGUUGGAUUGUGGAGGUUGAUUGAUGUGGGGUUUGGCUCAUGAUUGGGAUAGUAGUAAGGUAUUUGAAGUU